UUCUUUCAUUUACGGUUGGCCGGUUGUGGACGCGGAGGUAUACGUCUGCCAUGAACAUAUACAAAAUAAAAUAGGAUAAAAUUUAAAAAAAUAAAAUAAAUAAAUAUGUAAGCACUCUCUUUAAACAAUUGUUUUCGCAACCUUUCAAAGUACCACUCAAUUUAUACUCAUGGGAGUUUAAUUCGAAGAAACCAAAUACAAGCCUGGCACCAGUGAGUCUUUGAGAGGAGUGAUGGACAUUUGACUACCCUGGCAAGUGUGGGUGAGCGGAAAGCCACAUAAGACAGUUAACAGAACCUUGGAGUCAUUUGGUCAUCUUUGUAAAAGCCAUGCACCUGGAGGUAAAGGUAGCCCUGAACUUUAUUGUAUCUUACUUGUACAACAAACUGCCCCGUCGCCGUGCUGAUCUUUUUGGGGAGGAGCUGGAGCGUCUUCUGGUGUCGCGUUUUGAAGGCCAUUGGUACCCUGAGGCGCCCCUGCGGGGCUCUGCCUUCCGCUGCUUACAUCUGGGGGCCCCCCGGGAUCCUGUUGUUGAACUUGCAGCCAAGAGGAGUGGUCUGGAUACAGAGGAGGUGCGAGCCAACGUUCCUCCUGAGUUGAGUGUUUGGAUUGACCCCUAUGAGGUCUCCUACCAGAUUGGCGAGAAGGGAGCUGUGAAGGUACUGUAUCUGGAGGAUCCACCUGGCCUGGGAGGAGAAAGAGAAAGGGCAGACAACAGUCAUGGUGGAACUAAAGGAGAGCUGGAAGCAGAUGAGGGAAAGAGCUUGGGGUUUAACCCAGAGGCACAGGUUUUUGUGCCAGUUGGGGGUCAGGUAUCUCCAGUGCUGCUCCCAUCCCUCUCCAGUUCCCCCACGCCCCUCUCUGCGGCAUCCUGCCCUGGUCUGUUUGGGUAUGCAACCCCAAGCACCACCAGCAACCCAGUAGCUAAUUCAUCCAAUACCUCAACACCUUCACCCCAAAGCUCUGGCCUCACCUUUCUGCCCUCUCAGCAGCAAGCCGUUGCUCCUCCAAACCCCCGGCCACCGCCGCAGCCUAUUACCUUCACAACUGCUAGCUUUGCAGCCACCAAAUUUGGCUCCACCAAGAUGAAGAAGUGUGGUGGCUCAGGGCCAGCAGGGGCAUCGGGAGUCGUUCCUCCGCAACAGAGGAUGCUCUCUCGCUCCCCCACUGCCCUCUCUCCCCCAGGCCUGCUCAAGCACAAGCCCCUCUCUCUCUCUCUGCACUCCUUAGGUGGCACCAUUUCCAGCCAGCUCUCUCCCAAUGCCAAAGAGUUUGUCUACCCAGGCUCCCCAGGUGCCCUAUACUUUGAUACUGAGGUACCACCCCUGCCACCUCACCCUGGGCCCUUCCAACCCCCACACUCUCACCCUGCUCAGCCCCACCCCUCCUUUGAACCCUUCUCCAGCCCCCCACCAGGCCCCACUGUUGGAAUAAUGGGUGGCAGCGGUGGGAUUUCCUACAUGGAGAAGCCCUCGUUUGUGGAAGGUCUUGGGGGGUACAACCUGCAGUACUCCAGCCAGGCAUUCCAGCCGGUGGUCUUGGCUAAUUAACAUCCCUUUCUUUAUCUGAAUACCACAAUAUUUCAGUGAUGGACAAAUACUGAAACAUCCAUAUAUAGACAUUUUUGAAUCAUCCUUCUAAUUAUUACAUCUUAGAAAUAAUACCACUGUCAUAUGUUGCAAUUAUUGCCAUCUCAAGUUUUUAUACAGUUUAUUUUCUUUAGCAUGAGGAGUAAUCAGCCUCCUGUUGCACAGGAUUUUUGCAUUGAAUGUUAAACAGUAAAAUGUUAAACUUUGCUAAUUCAUGGUUUUCUGGUUCAAGACCAGCUAACUAACCUCUGUUAAGGCAGGUCUGAAGGAGCCCAUCUUUUGCUGUGCUUUUGAUGCUGUGAUAAAGACCCGUUGAUAUGUUGGAUUACUGUGAAACAUUGAUGGACGCGCAACACUGUGCUGCCUAUAUUUAGGCCUCACUCACCAUGAAACGUUAGGUUAUGCAGGGGCUGUAAUGCACUUCACAUCAACCCCCUCCCCCACCUUCACCGGAUCCCUCCCCUAGCUGGUGCAUUUUGGGACAGAAAUUGGGGCCGGUGCCAUUACGUAUUGUCGGGCAUGAAGAAGACCGUUCCUGUGAAAAUAAGCCCCUGUGACGGGACGCGCUGCAGCGAGAGCAGCAUACUCGAUUUCAGAAGUCCACUUGGAUAUGGUGCAAAGCUAAAUAAGUUGUGUAAAAAGAUUGGGUGUUGAAAGCAGGAAGGUUUAGAGUGAAGCUGAGCAAGUUCGACGCUGAAGAACUACAAGAGGACUGGCCAGAGCAAGUGUUUUGAUUAGAGAAGGUGACUGUAUGUCACCGUGUGGAUGUAUACACACACAUGCAGGAGGCAGAGUCCCAGUCAGUAGAGUGUGAAGGUGACAGGACAGCACUAGAGGGAGAUUGGAUGUAGUUAAGCGUCAAGGAUUGUGAUAAAUGGCUUACGUUUGACUUUGAUGGUGAAGGAGAAUGCUUACUGUGGAGGAGGAGGAGGAGACGAAAGGCAGAUGUACGUUAGGGUAAUAUCAGAGUGAAGCAAAGUAGUUAAAGGUCCAUUGCUGUUUCACGAUGACAUUUUCACCGUUUUUAAUAUCUUGUGUACACUUACGACUCAGACAUAAAUGAGAUUAAUUCCCCGAUGUCUCCUUUCAUUGUAACUCUGAAUGUUUGUACCCAAUUCCUGUUCUGGUCACUUUAUAACACCAUAUCACUCCUGAGGGCCACUGUGCCUCUUGGGGGAGGGGGGCAGACCAAGGUUAGAAUGAUCUGGGUCCACCCAUUAAAUUUAUACCCUUCCAGCACUUUAUUUAAAAGUCAGAUGGUCAUUACUUAUCCUCUCUGUAAUGCUGAGCUAAAAGGGGAUACUUCCAUUCUUAUCCCUCGUCACUCCGGCAACGGCCCAGUUUAACUCUGCCUCCACCGAACGGCUGCUGAGAUACAACCGAUAAGGAGGGAAAGCAGGCGCUUGUCUGAAUACAGAUGAAGGCGAAGAAUGUGGCUGCAAAAUCUGAAACUGAGAUGCCUAUUAUGAUUGUGUGGGGUGGCUAAAUAAGAGGUUAGUCUACAAGCUGAAUGUUUUAUUUCCUGUGCCAGUAACUGUGUGUGUGUGUGUGUGUGUGUGUAUAAGCCAACAUGAGGGAUCCUAAACUUCUGCUGAAACUGGAAUAGCCACAGGACUGUCACAUUGUUUUUUUUUUUUCUUUUUUUUUCUUUUUUGAAGGAGAUGUAAGGGUUGCAGUUUUCAGAUGGGGUGGGGGUAUUUUUACAUUCAUUUGUAAUUUAUUUACAAUUUUUCUAUUUUUCCUGUGUGUUUUUCAAAGA